AUGGACACCAGCAACAGCGUGUCUCCAGAGCUCUUUUUCAAUGAGGCCGAGUUCCGCGUGUUGACUCCCAAUUUGAGCUUUGAAGCCGAUGCAUUGCCUUCCAGCGAGGAGAUCUUGACGGCUCAAGCGCGACAAUUUACAUUCUAUGAUGAGCAGGUGCGAGUUUUCCUUUAUGCACGUGUACCUCAUCCAAUCUCGGGUACUGGGGAUGAUGUCUUUUCAGCUGUACAGACCUUUUUCCAACAUCUUGACGUUCACGUUGAAGCGAGUAUUACUGACGGGGCAGCAGCAGCAGCAGCAGCAACAACGCCAUCCACUUUUCCACCACCUCUACAACCAUCUUCCUCUUUCACCACAGCUUCACCACAUCAUCGAUCGUUAUCUACAAAGUUGAACUCGUCAUCAUCAUCUGCACCUUCUUCUCCAAAGACUCAAAAACGCGAUAUUCGUGCACCAACAUCGGCCGGCACACCACCACCACCACCUUCAUUACCUGCCGAUUCGUUGCCAUUCUUUUCACACACUUACAAUAGCCGAGGAAAGGAUGCCGAACCUAUGAUUUUCGAACAUGACAAGGCGUAUUGUUGUCUAUUCCCACUCGUUAUUCCAGUGUUAUAUGUAAAGACGCGAGCUCAGCAACCACAACUCUUGUUCAACUUUAAUGUAUCCUAUCGACCACUUCCCAGCAAAUCCAAAGAUGAAACAUCCAAAUCUUCGACUGAUGCAUCAGAUCAAGACGUGAAUGAGUAUGAUACCGAGCUAUUUGAAACCAUUGAUUUACUUGGAGGACUUUCGGAGGAUCCUGUUUUUGCAAGUCCAUUACAUCAGCGAUUUGUCGUUGAGAAACAAAGUCGUCAAGCAGCCAGUGGAAGUUUCUCGCAGGCGAGCCAUUCUACCCCACACAUGUUGACCCUACGACGUCACGUACAUGAGACCUUAGCAGUGCGUUCUGGUUUGAAUGUGAAAAUGAGGACAACCAAUGCAUCGAUAGCAGACAAAAUGGUGAUGAUGUCAGUGGAAUUGGAAAAUCCAGUUGAAACGGAUUGUGUAUUUAUGGUGGAUAAGGUGGAAGUGCACGUUUCCAAUUCGGUGGUAUCUUCAGCAUUUGCCAAAGAGGUGGAUUUCCCAAUAACCCUUGAGACGUUGGAUCAAAUGGUGUUUUUAUACAAUGUGACCCUUUUGGAAGAUGGAUCAGCUAAACCACCACAACAACCACAACGUAUAUUCCCUGUACGACAUCGCCCUACGCCAUCGAUGCCAAUGCAUUAUCAGGAUGAACGUCUUCAACCCCAACGUGUAUCGAUCCAAGUAUUUGGUGCUCCAGUUGUGGAAGGUGUACGUGCUGCCACCAUGCGAUCAAAGUGGAAUACCAUGUUGGAUGUUUCAAGCAUGCGUCAAAAACGUGAAGAACCAGAUCCUCGUUUCUCAUCCUUGUUAGCAUCCUCGUCGCCACAAGUGGAUCCACGUUCAUCCGCAUCCCUUGCCACGAGUGUUUCAGUGUCACCUGGUGCUCGAUCUCUGGGUAGUCCUUUGGUAGAUCCUAAGAAACGUAUGCUGAUGACAACAAUGGACACACCUGGUUCACAAACACCCGUAGCAAAUCGUGCCUUACCACCACCUCCUCCACCACAACCAGCCUCAGCAGCAGCAGUAGCACCUGCAACACCUGCAACCACACGCCGUACGGAUGUAGAAAUUGUGGAUGGUAUUGUCGUAUCAUUUACAGUACCACCCAUCAUUCGAGUUGGAAAGGAAUUCCCAUUGCAAGUGUUUAUUGUGAAUCGAUCCAAGCACACCCGACGUUUCCAAGUGAUGGUACCUAAUCGUAAACGACAACACCCACCCACCGAUGCCAUGGCCAACAAGUCAUUAUUACCUGUGGUACAAAGCACCGUCGACCCAUACAUGGAUGAGACAGAAUUCUUGCGUCUUUAUUUCGAAAAUGAGACACAUGAGGCUGAUAUCAUUUGCUUGGAGAACAAUGUUCGAUUAAGUCCUCUUGGUCCCUCCACAUCCCAAUCCGUGGAUAUACGUUUUAUUGCUGUCAAGGAAAAACUUCAUACCAUUGAUCUUAUACAGUUGGUGGAUCAGGAUACUGGCUUUGUGACCAAUUUGCGUCAUGUCCUAGAAAUAUUUGUAGAUGGGCCUGAAUCGAAAGACUAA